AUGACAGACGCAAGGGAAGAGUUGAGGAGGGGUGCCAUGGUUUGCAACGACAGGUGUGGCUGCCCUUCGCCCUGCCCCGGCGGUAUCGCUUGCAGGUGCACGAAUAGUGGGGUGUCAAGUGGGGGCGCGGGGGUGGAGCACAAGCGAUGCUCGUGUGGUGAUCACUGUGGCUGCAACCCCUGCACCUGCACCAAGACGGAGAUGACGGGUACGGGUAAGGUCUUGUGCAAGUGUGGAGAUGGAUGCACCUGCGUCACGUGUGCCUCCUAA